CACACACUCGCUAAUUCUUUUUCUGUGUAUCAGAUUUUCAAUGGCCCCUGGAACUCCAGAGCUUCAACCUCCCAAGUUCCCAAGCGUCAAAUCUCUAUCCGAAUCUUCUGCUCUCACCUCCAUCCCUUCCUCCUACACCUUCACCACUGAUCCUAACCAACACAUCGCUUCAGACCCACAAGACUCCAUCCCAGUCAUUGAUUUUUCCUUACUCACCUCCGGUAAUCCUGAUCAACGCUCCAAAGCCAUCCAAGACCUUCACAGGGCCUGUGAGGAAUGGGGCUUCUUCAUGGUGAUCAAUCACGGCGUGGCGGAGAGUUUGAUGAAGGGGAUGAUUGAGGCGUGUAGAGGAUUCUUUGAUCUGACGGAGGAGGAGAAGGGGGAGUUUGAAGGAAAGCCUGUGCUGGCACCCAUCAGAUGUGGCACAAGCUCUAAUACAAGCCUGGAUAAAAUAUUAUUCUGGAGAGAUUUUCUCAAGGUGUUUGUGCAUCCUCAGUUUCACUCACUCAACAAGCCUCCCGGCUUCAGUGAGGUUUUAUUAGAUUACAGUCAAAGGAUUAAAAUGGUGGUAGAAGAAUUGCUUAAAGGGAUAUCAAAGAGCUUGGGAUUGGAAGAGUGGUAUAUAGACAAGGCCAUGAAUAUGAGUUCAGGUUUGCAAGUCCUGGUUGCCAACUUGUAUCCACCUUGUCCUCAGCCAGAACAUGCAAUGGGCUUGCCCCCUCAUUCCGACUAUGGCUUAUUGACUGUCCUCACACAGAAUGAAGUUGGCGGCCUUCAAGUGCAGCAUCAAGGCAAAUGGUUCAAUGUGAAUCUCAUCCCCAACUCUCUUUUAGUCAACAUUGGUGAUCAUCUUGAGGUUCUAAGCAACGGGAAGUACAAGAGUGUCUUACAUAGAGUUGUGGUCAACAGAAAAGCCACGAGGCUAUCCGUCCUCAUCACAAAUGGACCAUCCCUAGACACAGUUGUUGCGCCAGCUCCAGAGUUGAUAGACGAAAUCCAUCCACCAGCAUAUUUUGGGAUGAAAUUCCAAGAAACCUUUACACUUAGCCAGACCAACAAGCAUCAUGGGAAAAGUAUCCUGGAUCAGGUCCGGAUUUGAACAAUUUGUAGUGCUCAUUUCCAGGGGUUUAACCCAGUGAUCAUGCUCUCAUGUGUUUAAUCCCACCAUAUAUAUAUAUAUAUAUAUAUAUAUAUAUGGAUGUUUUUGUGAUUUCAGAGAAUGAUCAAUCAUACAAUCUGUAUCGCUUAUUAGGGUAUUUUUGGCUUGUAAAGAAUUCAUAGCUAAACUCUUUUUCUUUCUUUAUAUAGAUACUUAAAUAUUUCAUUAAUGAUUGUACAAAUAUUUCACUUUA